AUGGCCACCAGCAGCCCGCAGCUCGUGAUGCUCGUGUCGUGUUUGGCCGCCCUUGCCGUCGCCGCCGGCGCCGGGGAAGUGGAUGGUAGGCCAAAGGCCCGCGGGUUUGUGACGGCGAGCGGGGCGCGGUUCAUGGCGGGCGGGCGGCGGUUCUACGCCGACGGGUUCAACGCGUACUGGCUCAUGUACAUGGCGUCGAACCCCGCGGACCGGAGCAAGGUGGUGGACGUGCUGGAGCAGGCGUCCCGCCUCGGCGCGACGGUCGUCAGGACCUGGGCCUUCAGUGACGGCCAGGGCAGCGACCGGCCGCUGCAGAUCACCCCCGGCGUGUACAAUGAGCAAGUGUUCGUGGGACUAGACUUCGUAAUAGCGGAAGCGAAGAAACGAGGGAUCUACUUGAUCCUGAGCUUGGUGAACAACAUGGACAGCUUUGGCGGGAAAAAGCAGUACGUGAAGUGGGCGCGAGACCGGGGCCACUACCUUGGGUCCGACGACGACUUCUUCUCUGACGCGCUCACCCAACAGUUCUACAAGAACCACAUUAAGAGGAUGAUCACGCGAGUAAACACCUUCACGAGGGUGGCGUACAAGGACGAGCCGACCAUCUUCGCGUGGGAGCUGAUGAACGAGCCUCGCGUCCCGAGCGACCUCUCCGGAAAGACAAUGGAGCGCUGGGUGGCGUCGAUGUCCGCGUACGUCAAGUACGUCGACCCCAAGCACAUGGUGGAGAUUGGCAUGGAAGGGUUCUACGGCGAGUCCACGCCGGAGCGCAAGCGGUUCAACCCGGGGCAGGGGUACACCGCCGGCACCGACUUCGUCUCCAACAAUCGCAUCCCCACCGUCGACUUCGCCACCAUCCACGUCUACCCCGACCAGUGGAUGCCGGGGUCGAGCAGCCAGGCGCAGGUGGAGUUCACCAAGAGGUGGAUGGCGUCCCACAUCGAGGACGCGGGGAAGGCGCUGCGGAAGCCGCUGCUGGUGGCGGAGUUCGGCUGGUCCGCGCGCUCCGGCGGCUACACGGUGGCGGCGCGGGACGGCUACUUCCGCAUGGUAUACGACGCCAUCUACGCUUCCGUGAAGGGGAACGGGCCGUGCGCCGGGGGGCUCUUCUGGCAUGUCAUGGUGCCCGGGAUGGAGAGCUGGACGGACGGCUAUGACGUCGUGUUCGAGCGCAGCCCCACCACCGCCGCGGUCGUCUCGCAGGAGUGCGCCAAGAUCGACAGAUUCACGCCCGCUGUCUAG